AUGCGCCACGCCAUUUUCCGAACACCACCACUUGCCUGCGAUCAGAUUGAUGGAGACAAGAUGGAGACUUCAACCACUACUUAUGCGUACAAAGAGACUCGAUUAGAUUUAGGCUCCACAACACAAGGUUGUACGGUCGCAAUCCGUUUGCCAGCACACGGCGCAUCAGCAUAUCCAUCGAGAUCAGCUCAAAAACGACCACACGUCGCCGAGAUCCCCAUCGCGGAGGACGAGAAUGCCUUUAGAGCAAGAUACUUGGCUUCCGCAGCUUCGAUCUACUACCGUACUCACUAUCAGUCGCCGAGAAGUUUCCUCUGGAGGAUUCUAGAAGAUGGAAGAGUGCUGUCUAUCCAAUCCGUGGAUAUUUCGAAGCCCAGCACAGUCGCAGAGGCCAAUAUUACUCUGCGACUGACUCUCCCAAGUGUUAUUAAGUCUGGAUGUAUUGCUCUUGCGGAUUCCAAGGAGCAUGAUAUUCUGAGCAUAUUCAUUUUAACGGAAUCGAAACAGCUCUACACACUCACCCUACGCCCAGAUCACUUCCGCAGAGCCGCAAGCACAGAGGAUAACGUGGGAGACUGGUGCAAGACAUAUUCAUCUGCUGCGUUCAGUCUCAAGGCGCCCCAUAGGCUGGUUGCUCUGAGCGCGGAUGAGUUAUUGAUAUCUACCAUUGAUGGAGCUCUUCUGAGACUGGAGAGGAAUUCGGGAGGAGAUGGAUCUGUCUGGAAGGAAGUGCACUAUAACGAAGGUGGAUGGGGUCUGCAUGUUCGGUCUAUGAGAUUGUUUAAUGCUUCGUCUACCAUUGCAUACGGCGGCCAACACCUAGAACACGCUACCGCGACAUCAAUAGCAUCACCAGGAACAUCUAUACAUGGACAGCAAUAUGCCUUCACAAUCUGUUUGGAUCACCGGCUGCGGGUAUGGAACCUAUCAACUGGCAAGUUGGCCUACACAAAGGAUAUGCUUGGCCAGGAUCUGGAACAACUAGAUCAAGCAAAGCAGGCAAAAAAAGUGAUCGACCCAUCUCAGUCACAGUUGAUCAAAGUCUAUGGCGGUGGCAAUAGUGCACUAUGUGUUACGUAUUCUCCUCUUGGAAGCGGCCAAUUCAAGCUCUGGAGCGUCACUCCGAAACAUGACGGCAGUCUCAACUUGGACGAUAUCUUCGAGGGCCAUGUAUUUGAACCACAAGCUCCGUCAUCUGAGAUCUGGACAAUGGCAGACUUCUCCGUCCUUCACAAAUCGACCAACCCCAGUGACUAUUCUAUCUGGGUGCUAUGGAAAAAUAAUGUCACCUAUCGUCUCCAACGCUUAAAUUUUCAAAAAGGCAGUGACUACAAGUCUGUACAAGAUGCAUGGGAGGUUGGCUGGGAGGCCAUGGCAUGGGAAAGCCUUCGCGACGAAAUGGGACCCGCUGUCUUCUCCGGAGAUGCCUCUGAUGGAACGGAUAAAUGGCUCGAAUAUAUUCUUUCUCCUGGACGAUAUACUCCGGCCACUAUCGAGACAUGCCUUGCUAUUUAUGCACGGGGGCUAAGCACGAAAGGUGUUGCACGCAGAUCAGGAUCACUGCCGGACAGGUUGUGUGCCACCAUAGCAUCAACGGCCUCAUUGAGCCGAAAAUCGGAUGGCGAGCUAGACUAUUCCUCCUUCCGAUCUGCAACCGAUGCUCAAUGGCGUCGAUUCUCCAGGCUCCUUGCGGAGCUUGAUAAGCAACGAGGUGAAGCUAUGUCAUUAUCAGUCGACCCUACCGGACAAAUGCCAUGGGUGGUUUUAGCAGAUGGCAUUACUGCAAUAAGGGAUUGCAGUCCUCUGGAGAAGAUGUGGCAUAACAAUGGAAGAGUUGAAGAAGCGGAUAAGCAUGUGGCCCUUCCUCUAUUCGCUGCCUCCACCUUUAGAGACUCGUUACCUGAACCGUUCUUGCAUGCCUGCAGCAACCAGUUACUCGAAGAAAUCUUCCAGGAACCGUCUCUUAUUGGUACUGCGAGAAUGCGAAGUUUCUAUGAGAAGUGCGAUUUUUCCAACCAAAUUGGAGAUGAUGAGUUCUCUCAGCUCGUGAGUGGGCUAGGGGGUGAUUUUAAGAAUGUCACUCCUCAGAUCUAUGAAGCUAUUCUCGGAUUCAUGAAUGUCUCUGGAAAUAGUGACAGGCCGCUUGUCCAACAACUAGCAGAGUUCGGCAACAAAUUACUUGUGAGAGGAGUACAAGAAACUGUGGUACUACAUCGAAAUAUAUGCCUCGACCAGCUUGUUCUUUUGGUGCUCAUAGAGAACGAGAUCAAUACCACCGAGGAAGGGAUCCAGUUCGAGACUGCUGCAGUAUUUGAAGCUCUCAUCAAGCUGUUGAAAAAACUCGAGCUCCUGCUUUGGCUGUGUAGCACUCAGCUUACUCUCAAGCCGCCGAGAUCUGAGAGAUCGAAUUCUGUAACGGAUAAGACCUCGAGCUCCAGCAAGAAAAACCCGGAGAGCCUGGGAACGACGACAGUUUUCGAGGGUGUAUAUCGACACUUAUUUGGUUUAGACUUGCGGAAGGGCGAAACUCUGUCUUCUCUUGUGACACAAUCGAUUUUGGAAGUUUGUGCUCCUGACAGCACUGUAUACGAGACCUCAGCUUCUCUUAUUCAAUGUUUCUUGUUAAUUCAGGAAAGACCCGACUUGGCAAAUGAAUUCUCAAGAUUCGCGGAACAUGAUGCGUUUGCAACAUACAUCCAAGGAAGAGCGCUCCUUGCUGCCAAUGACAUAUUAAAUGCAUCGACGCUUUUCAAGAAGGCUGCGUUUGGAAUGGCGUAUCCGGACCAAACAAAACGUAUAGGCUACAGAACUGCGAGUUAUCUGGAUGCCACUGAGAAGAAGCUAUUGAAUGCCGGACUUCCUGCAUACUAUUCCCACAUUGUGGCACUUUUCGACAAGGGGAAGAACUACUCUUUUGUCAUAGACUUUGCCGGACUUUCCCUACAAUUCAUCAGAGCUGACAGUGACGAUUCCUAUAUAAGAACCGAGAUGCACAGUCGUCUCUUCAACGCUGCCAUCCAAACAGCCCGUUAUGAGUUGGCCCACUCAACCCUUACUCUCUUCACCGACACCGCGCUUCAACAAUCCUCUCUCCGAACCCUCAUUACCAAGAUGUGCGAAACAACCUACGCAUCUCAGCUUGUCGAACUCCCCUUCAUUGGCCUCCAAGAAACCGUUGACGAAAUCCUCGCCCAGAAAUGUCAAAGCAUAGUCGACGUCAAUGCCGGAAUUCCCUAUCACAAAAUUCUCUAUGCCUGGCGCAUCAAGCACAACGACUUCCGUGGCGCGGCAGCCAUCUCGCUCGAGCGUCUGCAGCGACUUCAGCAGUCUGGAGUUGGCGACAAAUUACUUGGUGAUGAUGGUCUAGAAACCGCUGUCACGAGGCAAUACGUGAUGCUUAUCAAUGCGCUCAGCUGUGUUGGUGAGAAGCAAGCAUGGAUCCUAUCCGAAGAGCCACCGCAGAAAUCAACCACUGCUACUGUAGGCAGCAAAGUAGCGCCGCCGAAGAGAAAGGUUGUGACGUUGGCGGAUGUCAGGAAGGCGUAUCAAGCGGAGUUGGAUCGUAUUGCGGCCAUUGAGAAUAAUCAAUUUGCUUUUGGGGUGGAUGCCGAUGAAAUGGAUGUUUUGUAA